AUGAUUCCCUCUACCGUUCUCGCGCUUCUGAGCAUCGCUUCCGUGUCUCAGGCAGCAGCUGCUCCCAAGAUCCUCUCCUCUGACGACAUCAUCGUCCUCAAGACCGAUGGAACUUCUCAAAUCAUGAAGGCAGCCGAGUUCAAGGCUCUUGAGACCGCUCCCGCCAUCAAGGACAUCUCGACUCCCGCCAAGAAGGCUAUUCAGCGCCGUGACUGCAAGGACAGCACUGAGAUCCAAGUCAUAUCCGACAAGGAGUUUGUCAACUGGGACGUUGCCAUGUCCCCCGUCAUCAGCAGCCUCGGCGGUUCCAAGGCUACCGUCAGUGUCACCAACGGCUACACCAUCACCAACUCCCUCAAAGUCGGUUCCAGCUUCAGUAUUCCCCUCAUGGAUGUUUUGACUGCUUCUUUGAGCAUUGACUAUACCGAGACUUGGUCUUCCAGUCAAUCGCAGUCGCUCUCUUUCACGGUCCCUGACGGCCAGCACGGUAUCAUUGUCAGCCAGCCUUAUGUUCGACGUAUCGAGGGUAACGUCAUCGAUGGGUGCACGGGCGAGGCUAAGGAGGGAUUUGUGUCGGAUUCUUAUGAGAGCCAGUCAUACGGAGAUCUUCAGUGGGUCAAGGGUAUCAUUCGUCUUUGCAGCAGUGAGACAUACCCCAUUCCUUACUGUAACGGAGAGGGCGAGCACAAAUAG